AAGAGCCGAGUGGAGAAGCGCUCGGUUUCCGUGUAUAUAAAGGCUGAGAUCAAUGAGACAGUCUCACCGACCCCUACCCAGGCAUUUAAGGUGGUGGGCAGGGGACAUGCCGAUACUCUGGCGCCUAAAUUCAAGAAAAACUCCACACAAACCCAGACAUCAACCCCCAAGACAUCCAUCAGUGAAUUUCCGACCGAUUUCAUGUCCGAUAAAUUUCGAUACAAUGGAGGCUUUAUUUUCCACAUAAUUGUCUUUAUAUACAUAUGUCUGGCGCUGGCAGUGGUAUGCGAUGUCUACUUCUUGCAGUCGUUAGAGUACAUAAGUUCCGCCCUAAGUUUGCCGGAUGACAUCGCGGGCGCCACCUUUAUGGCGAUCGGCACGUCAGCCCCGGAACUAUUCACUAGCGUUAUCGGGGUAUUCAUUUCUGACAAUGAUAUCGGCACCGGUACUAUCGUGGGCUCAGCCGUGUUCAACCUAAUAGCCAUACCGGGGUGCUGCGGGUUUGCCGCCUACUACAACCUCAAGAAAAUGCCCAGGGUCAGCUCGUUUCCCAUACUGCGAGACAUGAUCUUCUAUGUGCUCACUAUUAUAACAUUGAUUCUGUGUAUUAAGGAUAACAAAGUCGAUUGGGUCGAGUCGCUGACACUACUGGCCUUAUACGCCGUGUACAUCGUUAUCAUGUUUUUCAACGCCCAGUACUCGCAUCUGAUCACCGAUACGGUGGACGAGGAGGAGGAGCCGCUUCUGAAGACGGGAUCCACUCAUAGCUCCAUCGAAGAGGACUACGACAACAACCGGUUGGAGGACUACUCGAAGAUCGAGUUAACGAAAACACAAAACGGAAAAUACAAGGAAAUCAAACCAAACGGCGCUAGAAAUGAGCCAAACAUUGAGUCCAAUCUGUACCCAAAACUCGCGCCUAAUGUCGAGAUUAAACAGCAGACGGCUGAGGAUGUGGACAGCGAGUGGACCGACCAUUGGGUCAUUAAGACACUGUUACUGCCGAUGAAUAUCUUGUUUGCCUUAACGCUGCCGAAGCCGACAAAGUUUUGUUUUGUCAUCACAUUUAUCAUGUCUAUCGUAUGGAUCGCUGCCCUCACAUACGUCGCCGUAUGGAUGACUACAGUCGUCGGCUAUUCGAUAGGAAUUCCCGACACUGUAUCGGGCAUUACAAUACUGGCUGCGGGCACCAGUAUUCCGGAGCUCAUAUCCAGUUACAUAAUUGUCAAAAAGGCAGGCCUGGCCAACAUGGCUAUCUGCAACUCGAUCGGCUCCAACAUAUUUGACAUACUAUUUUGUUUGGGCCUCCCGUGGCUACUCAAGUCGCUGGUGCUUAUCAUAACCAACGGCUCGGGCUUCGCAUCCCUGGCCAACACGUCGAUCCCCAUCCAGAGUCAGGCGCUGCCAUUGACAUCACUUACACUCCUUAUCACAUGUUUUGCGUUACUUUUGACUCUUAAACUCACGAACUGGAGGCUCGGCUUAAACGUGGGGCUCAUCUGUACUGUUAUUUAUGUGCUCUUUGUUGCCAUAUCGACAACACUCGAGAUUAAUGUUUAAAUUAUAUGAUUAUAUGUGGUGUUAAUGACAAAUAUUUUUCAAGUUUUUAUUAUUAUUAUUUUGAUUAUCAUUCAAAUAAUGUAUGUUUUUCUAUUGGUCUCAAUAUGCGCUUGUGUUGCAUAACAUGGUC